UUGGGCACUUUUUGGGUCAUACUGCUGUGGUAAUAUUUAGGGCAUUCGAAUAGUGUUCAUCUAUUGCGAAUCUUUUGGAGCAAGAGAAAAGUAAUAAUAUCGACAAAAAUGGCUUUCCGCAUACCCUUUGGCAAGAAGCACGCUGAGAUCGCGACUUCCUUCAUCCGAUCUGGAGCUGGAUUUGGAGGAGCUGCGGGUCUGGCCGUGCUCUACUACACCGACUGGAAACUGGUCCUGCAGUACGUGCCCAUCUACGGAUCCAAGUUCGACAAAAGCGAGUAACUCCACAUCCUUAGUGCAAUCCACUAUAGCCUCGAUGUUUAGCUUGGAGAAUAAAAUAAGUUAAAACAA